AUGCUUGACCACCAGCUGUAUAUUCUUGCUUGCUUCCUUGCAGCAAGAGCAAAUGUCAGUGGCAUUGAGAAAUUGCUGUUGUCUCAAAAGCGCUUACGAUUGGCAGACAUUUUAAGUAUAAUCUGUGUGUUAUGGCCAGAGCUAGAUGAACCUGCGAAUUUUGGGAGACUUUUGGUGCAUCUAGGGCAAGCUACGUCAGAGGAAGUAGGCUUACUCGAGUCUCUCAUCGAAGGGGAUGAUGAGCUCAUCAGUGCUGUGCAAAUGGAUCCCGAGGCAUUGCAAAAGAGAAGAUGCACGUUGCAGGAAUAUGUCGAUUCGAGGGUUAAGAAAACUGGCGUCACGAUUGAGGAUUCUAAUUGGCGUUUCAAUUUCCUCAAACUUCGAGUAUUAACCUGCAACACAGCUGUGGGUGACCCUAUGUUCUACAAAUCCCUGUGGUGCCGACUCUCCGUGGAUAAAUACCAAGAAUUUCUGGCUUGGGUAACAGGGAUUGUCAAACCUUUGGGCCACUUUAAUAAGCGGUGCCGAGUAUCAAUGUUGAUAAGUGACUUUCAGUCAUGCAGCUCAUUCGAAGUCUUAGGCAUGAUUUGGAAAUCCAUAGCUACACAUGAGAUUUCAACAUACCGCGCAGUACUAACCUACGAGAUAAUGCCUUAUUUGAAUUAUACCAACAGUUUUGACAUUUUUCUGGAGAUUAUUUUCAACCAAGAAAACUUCCCAUUGGACUCUUUAUCAAACUACAACAUCUACAAAAUGAUAUCCCUCGAAAUGCUGGGCUUAAUUUCUGAAGACUUCCGAUCUCGAUUUGAGCAUCAAGUGGUUUCAAUUUUAUACGAAAAUGGACGAUCGCUAACUUCACUGCAAGAUCUUGACUUGUUCGACGAACAUCACUUGAUUCUAUCCUCAGUGAAAGAUGACAUCGUGAUUAAAGAUCAGGUUGACGUAUCGACGCUAACCCAGUACUCAGAUCAAAUGGACUUGUUGCGCAUUUUUAAUCUUAAGGAUAUCAAAAAGCUCACAGAAGACACCGAGUUAGCUCAAAGGUCUUGCUUCUCGACAACGUGCAAACAAUUACUUCGAUCAAACGUUUCUUACAAAGUUUUGGAAAAGUUAGGGUCCUUCAUGCAAAAUGAUUUUAUUUUCGGCAAGCUAGAUUCAAAGCUUAAGGAACUCAUCAUUGUGGAAUCUCUACUGGACUUUGGAAAGUUUGAUGUAUUGGAACAAUUCAUUGCGGCCUCUCGAAUCAGAAUAGAGGACACGGUUUUAUUGAAGUUUUUCUGGAACUUUUUCAAUUCUGCAUCAAACGGGGGUCAGCAUAGACCCGAUAUGGUGAACGCGAGAAAAAUCUUGGACCUUUUACCCAAAAAUAAAUAUGCGCACCUUUCAACUUUACUAAGCGUCGUUGACCGACUGUCUCGUUAUUCAUUACGACUUUCUCCAGGGCUUCCUUUCAAGCCUUCAGUUCUUUUAGAGUUGGGGACACAACCAUUUGAUAUCAUAUCAAAGCUUCUAGAGUUAAACGAAAGUCUUCGCAAGAAUGUCGAUGAAACUUUCGAUAUUCUCAAGGGACUGUAUGUUGGCCUAGAAUUGAACCCAUCACCUAAUUUUUACGAGGAAUUCACGAGAAUUCUCGUUUUGCAUAUCGAAUUUUCGUUAGCGUUUUUCGACUUCGAAUUUGCCGUUCGCGAAACCAAAGCUUUACUAAAGAGACACAACUGUCAGAAAUAUUGGUCGACCAUUUUGCAGGUGGGAAAAUUCUUCGAUCCUUCAUGGUCUGACAGCGAAAUACCGACAGAAGUGAUAUAUUUGCAGCUAGAGGUCCUUGAGAAUUUACUGCAUAUUUGUCCUCAGGAUGAGCUUGAAGCUGUUGUUUCUCAAUGGAGCGGGCUAGAAUUGGAACUUUCUAGUAGAGAUCUCGUCAAUGAUCCUUACUCGUUGGCGAACGGAAGAUUCACUGCUGAGUUUAAAACAAUUAUGCUAGACGAAGCUUCUCCGAGUGCGUCAAAUUUCCUGUCAAGCAGCGUCAAGUGGGUAACUGGAGGUGACAUGUAA